AGUAAACUAAUAGCAAUUAUUACCUAUCAAAAGAAAUUUAAGAACAAAAAUGGAGGGAAGAAAAAGUAAUGAGAGUCAGAUGAAGAAAACAGAGGACAAGGACACGUCCUCCUCACAAUGUCAAUCUGGGUUCCACAAAAAUUCAAAUGAACUCGUUAAUUCAUGUGUUGCAGAAGAUAGGAAAAAUUCACUAGAAUCCUUUGGGAAUGGGGAUGCAGACUAUCUAGUGGAAGCCCACCACCCGGCUAACGCUGCUAACCUCGUUGAUCAACGUAAUGAUGAGCUGCUUCGCCUACUAACAGGGGAGCAAAGGAGUGAAAGUGUUAAUUUUGAUCAAAUGGCUGCCGAAGGGAUAGGAUGGUGGACUAGGAGGCUGGAUAAGAUGAAUCGGGAAGAGUUCCAACAAUUCUAUGCUGCAUUGGGGAUUCUUAGGGAGAGGAUGCAAACUCAUUUGCAGCAACGAGUCAGAAUUACGGACUCUAAUUCUGCGCAAACGAGCUCCUCUAGCUCCAAUACCUCUACUAAUGGUAGUGCUAGGCGCAAACGACGUUGAUCAUAUUUUUCUUGUGGAAUUUUAAAUAAAAUAUUGUAAUUUUC